UUAUCUUAUUCAGUGCAUUCGAAUAAUUUCGACCUUUCGAUUGUUUUAAAUAUGAUUCAUAAUUAGUAAGCCAUAUUCAAAGAAAUUCUGAUCCUUGUUUGAUAGUAGAAAACUGUUUAAAUCGAUUCGAAAAUAUGUUGCUCCUAAGAAGAAGCGCCCAUCUGGGAAAACUUUGGAGAAAAUUUUCAACGGAUAGUGGAAGACUGAUUGACGUUGAUGUUGAUCGCCAAAGUGGUAUAGCAUCAGUUAUUUUACAAAGACCGCCAGUUAAUAGUAUGAAUUUGGAGCUUCUAACAGAAUUGUCUGCUGCGCUAGGUGAUUUGGAGAAUAAAAAAUGUAAAGGAGUAAUCCUUAGAUCGUCUUUAGAAAAAAUCUUUUCAGCAGGUCUAGACUUCAAAGAGCUGUAUAAACCAAAAGAAGACAGGCUGAAAACAUUUUGGAUAACUUUCCAAGACAUUUGGAUUAAACUUUAUGGACACAGUGCUCCAACUGUAGCUUGUAUGCAUGGAACUACUCCGGCUGGAGCUUGCAUUUUAGCAUUAGGUUGUGAGUACAGAGUGAUGGUUAAAAAUGGAACCAUUGGUCUCAAUGAAACUCAAAUGGGUUAUAGUGCACCACCAUGGUUCAUUGAAUCUAUGGAAGAUAUUAUAGGGCCAAGAAAAAGCGAGAUAGCACUAACAACUGGAAAAAUGUUUUCAACUGAUGAAGCCCUAGAUAUUGGUCUGAUAGAUGAUAUUGCUGAAAAUAGAGAAGAAGCUUUCAUCAAAAGUGAGGCGUUCUGCCAAUUGUUCAAAAAUAUUCCGCUUUCAGCAAGAGCAGCAACGAAGAAAUUAAUAAGAAAAAAGAAAAUAGAAGAUUUCAUCAAAAAUAGGGCCCAGGAUCUAAUUGAUUGUUAUGAAGACGCAAUAUCGGAUGCGGCUGAAGAAGGCUUGGAAUCCUUCAUUAAAAGUUCUACUAAGAAGAAUACAUAAUCUUGAAAGUUAUUCAUAUCUAUGGUUGUUCAAAAAUAAAUAAAAUGUUUAUUUGUUCA